AUGGCGAUUUCCCAGACCCAACCCGCUUCGCAACCAAGCGUCGAUCAGCAGAAUGCGCCUGUGAACGCAAAUGCAGAGCCUAAGAAGAAGUUGUUUGGAAGGGAGUUCUACCAGAGCCUAGGCAGUCCGAGAUACAUCGUUGCUCCUAUGGUGGAUAGGUCUGAAUUUGCAUGGCGCAUGCUUACUCGUUCUUUCAUGACAACUGAAGAGUCCAAAUUACUCCUGUCCUACUCUCCCAUGUACCACGCUCGUCUAUUCCGUGAACAGGCCCGUGUUCGUGAUCAACACUUCCAACCAACUCGCGCUGCCACUGGUCAAAAGAGUGACUCGCUAUUCCUCGAUGGAAACCCAGCCAUAGACCGACCUCUUUUCGUACAGUUCUGCGCGAACGACCCAGAUGAUUUUUUGACAGCUGCUAGCCAUGUAGCCCCGUACUGCGAUGCCGUGGAUCUAAACCUUGGAUGCCCUCAGGGGAUUGCGAAAAAGGGACACUAUGGAGCGUUCCUUCAAGAAGAUUGGGAUUUGAUUUACAAACUCAUCAAUCGACUACACAAAGAACUUGAUGUUCCCGUUACAGCCAAAUUUCGAAUCCAAGAAACCAAGGAGAAGACACUGGAAUACGCAAAGAUGAUCUUGUCCGCUGGAGCUAGCAUCAUCACCCUUCACGGACGCAGGAGAGAGCAAAAGGGUCACAAUACAGGUAUCGCGGACUGGAGUUAUAUCCGGUAUCUGCGUGACAACCUUCCUGCUGAGACUGUCCUCUUUGCAAAUGGCAACAAUCUGAACCAUGGCGAUCUCGAACGCUGCCUCGAAGAAACAGGCGCCGAUGGUGUAAUGAGCGCCGAAGGUAAUCUGUCGGAUCCAUCCAUCUUCAGCAAACCGCCUCCAGUGGGUAGUGAAGGUCGAGAAUACUGGCGAGGCAGGAACGGAAAGGGUGGAUACCGGAUAGAUGCAGUCUUCCGCCGAUACCUGGACAUCAUCUAUAAGUAUGUCCUUGAAUCGCCGGGUCCCGAAAGGAAGCCCUUGUAUCUUCCAUCGGACCCAGUAGAGCAAGGACAAGAAUCGACAUCAGAACCCGCCGAAGAUGAAGCUGAGGAUGGACCCCCUAAAAAGAAGCAAAAGCGUGAUAAGACGAAGAGGCCAAACUCUCCUAGUCUUGGGGUGAUGCAAGGACAUCUUUUCCAACUUCUUCGCCCAAUGGUUUCACACCACACAAACGUUCGGGAUGCACUCGCAAGAUCACGACCUGGCGACAUGGCAGCCUUUGAGCACACUUUAUCUCUCGUUGAGCAGGCUAUCAAGGGUGGUCUUCAAGAAUAUGAGCAGUUCCCGGAGCGAUUCGAAGAAGACCCCAAUGCAGAGCUCACGGGGUCCAAGGCUACAAUAGCAGAAUACGGCCGGCCAUGGUGGAUUUGCCAACCCCACAUCCGUCCUUUGCCUGAAGAGGCCAUGGAAAACGGGGCUCUGAGCAUGAAAAAGAGGGCUGUUUCCAGCGAGGAAAAGCCUGCCGCUGAUGGGUCUCAAGAAAAGAAAGAGACUCCUGCCGCGGAGGGACCUACCGCUACUCCCAACGAGUCGACUAAUACUUCGAAUACAGCGACACCAGACGCUCUGGUCAGUGGUUGA